AUGCCCAACGACGAGUUUUUGAAGUGGACGACCAGUGAGGUCGACUUCUACGAGCUUCUUGGUCUUACGUUCGAGCAGUGCUCUGAAUCAGAACUGCGACGCGCAUACCGGAAAACCGCUUUAAAAUACCAUCCCGAUAAAGUUGGAAAGGAUUUCGAUCCAGAUAAAUACGAGCUCUUCCAGGCUGCGAACGAAGUGCUCAGCGAUCCGGAGCUGAAAGCCAAAUAUGAUAACCACCGGAACGCGAAACUGCUGCGGCAGAGGGCGAAUGAUUUAUUUGAAGGCAAGAGGAGGCAAAUGAAAGAGGAUUUGGAAGCUGCUGAAAGAGGAGGAGCUGCUGCUGGCGUAAAAAGAUCGAGAGAGGAAGAUUCACAGGAUCAGGAAUUUCGUAGAUUGGCUGAAGAGGGUAGGAAACGAAGGGCAGCGAGAGCUUCGAUGAUGGCAGAUUUCAAAGUUGAUGUGCCUUCAUCACCAGCGCCAUCAGAAGCGAAGAAAGCGCCCGAGGAUAUUCCAAUAAAAAAAGUCGAUCCCGAGCCAGAAGACGGCAGAGAGGCAGAAUUGGAGCGACGAAUACAAGAAGCUCGCGAAGCCAAAGCCAAAAGAAAAGCUGACAAGAAGGCCCGGAAAAGUGGCAUCUUCAUCCCUUUGGAUUCCCCUGCAGUAUCAUCAGGAGUGAAAGCAAAGUCAAAAUGGGAAGAUCAAGAUAUGGCUACGCCUAUCAAACGCCCUGAUGUGUUCAAAGGAUUGAAAGCUGACGAAAAGUCUUCAGCAUCUCCGAAAUUCUCGUUUUCGCCGAGCACGCCGAAGAAUGACUUUGCUGCGACGAUGGCUAGGCUGAAGGCUGCUGAGGCGGAGAGGAAGAUGCAGGAGGAGGAGAUUCGACGACAAGAGUCGCAGACGACGGCUUGA